CCGCCCUUUAGCUUCCUCGCUCGUUGCUUCACCAUCCUUUCCAUUCUAUUAUUGUUGUUACGUCCUCCUCGUCUUUCGCGAACUUCUUCUUGAUUAGGAUUGGUUCCUCGGAAGAAGGAUUCGCGGCAGAUUCAUGGCUUUGGAGUUCGUUUGUUAGGUUUCUUGGAGAUUCAAUACGAGAUCGGAGAAGGUGCUUAACCGAGAGCAAUUCUUGCAGAUAUGGAGAGUCAGGAGCAACGAGGAAGCACGAGUUUACACCCUGUUUCCAGUCCCUACCAUAAAAUGCAUGUGGAUGUGAAAAUAUCAACUACGAGCAUUCCUCAGACCAAGGAGAUUGAGACAUCCGGGGAGGAACAAGCUCCCAGGAUAAGAAAACCUUACACGAUAACGAAGCAGCGGGAGAGGUGGACAGAGGAGGAGCACAGGAGGUUUCUGGAAGCUUUACAGUUGUAUGGGCGUGCCUGGCGCCGUAUAGAAGAACACAUCGGUACAAAGACGGCUGUGCAGAUCAGGAGUCAUGCUCAAAAGUUCUUCUCUAAGGUGGUUCGUGAGUCUGGCAGCGGUGACAGCACAGGCACAUUGAAGGCCAUCGAGAUUCCUCCGCCUCGACCAAAGAGGAAACCUGUCCACCCGUAUCCACGCAAAUUAUGCAACUUGUUAAAUAAGGGGACUCCUGCCCUGAAACAACUUCAAAGGCCUCCUCUGCAGAUCUCUGCAAUUUGUGAGCAUGAGAAUAGAUCACCGACAUCUGUUUUAUCAGCUGUUGGAUCGGAAACCUUGGAAUCCACGCUUUCGAACGGCCAAAUGGGUUGCUCCUCUCCGGUUACAUCUGCUGCCGGAUCAAAUGACCAGGACGAUGGAGGACAAUCACUAACCGUGACGGAUGAAGCUGAUAUCAAACUUCCACAUUCUGGUCCCGCAUUUUCUGGGUUAACUGUGCAAGACCAGCCUCGGAUGGAGAUAGAUCAAUGCCGUCAUCAUGCGCACGCCUUAGAUGAAUCUCGGUUACCAACUCUCAAGCUCUUCGGAAAAAUGGUAGUGGUGACUGAUCCAAAUAUGUCAUCUGCUCCUCCUACUGCUGGGGAUUUGGCACAGCCUAACCUAAUAUCAUCGGUCGGCAUCAAAGGUGACCAAGAGAAAAAGGCCGAGUGCUUGCCAAGUACUCGGGGAGUUUCUCCUGGGGAUUUGACUGCAAGUGCAGGGAAUACUUACUCUGGUCUUGUACCCCCAUUACUCUAUUUUUUCCCGUUAUUUGGACAUAACUCUACAGAGCCUGCGUUCCGCCCUCCGAGCUGGUGGGCUACGCGUGGCAACCUGCCCAUUCCGCUAGUCCACUCUCUACCAGAGUGUCCUCAGCAAUUCAAUCAAGAGAUGCAGAGGGAAGGUUCUUGGACAGGUUCUAACACUGCGUGUAUCAGUGGAACAAGCCCAAGCAACCAGAACGCUGACGGGGUGGGCUCGAGGAAAGAAGCGAACUCGGCACAGAACGGAACAAUGCCUCUUUUGAGGCAACAGUUAAGCAGCGUCCAGGCUUCCACUAGUGGGACUGUGGGCUCUGCAAGGGGUUUUGCCCCAUACAAAAGAUGUACGGUCGAAAGUGAAGUGCAGCAUGCUGUUGCCGAUCCCGAUGAUGGUGGAAGCCAGGCGAUAAGAUUGUGUUUGUAGCGGUCACUGCCUGCUCACUCGUUGAACUUUGUUUGUGGAGAUGGUUCUGUACAGCAAAUUACGAGUACAGUUGGAGAAGCAUCGGUUAGAUCUACCAUCUGUCUCCUGUUGUAUUGCAGAUCGGAUCUGAUUCAUUAACCCUGCAUCAGUUUACAUUUUGAUUCCAGCAACA